AUCCAUGUCCUCCAUAAUCACUACCUCAAACGUAGGCAUAAACAUAUAGCCCAUACUAGAAGCAAGUAGGACUGCCUCGCCAGCCUGACUGGGAAUUCCGUCGGCUCAUCUCGCUCCUCCUCUGCGAGGUCCAAAGGCAGGUAGAGGACGAUGAGCGGUAUUCACCUGGACGACGGAACAGCCCUACAGAGCUCGUGGGACCUGGCUCUAUCCCAUUCCAUCCUGCACUUUCGCCAACUCGUCGCUUCAUCUUCAUCACCGUCCUGGAAGCCUCUUCCCAUCACCUACCCAGCAUCUACUUCGUCCAGCGGAUUCCAAACACCACCAAUAGCUGCCCCUUUGCUGGAUGGACUGAAGGGAAAGACCACGCUACAUAAACGCUCUCUCAAGACCGGCGAUGUCUUUCGAGCCGUCUUUGAAUCGGAUGGAGCCGUCUUUCCUGACGAACUCGAUAUAGACACCUUUCGGGGUGCCAUCGUCGAACCUGGAUCGAGGAAUAGAUGGGACAGGCUGGUGGAUAGCUGUAGCACCCUGGACGUGCUGGAUACCAACACCCGGAUCGUACAUACACGCUAUAAGCUCGGAUGGCCGUCCAGCCCCAGAGAUUCAAUCACGAUACAACGGCAUUACAUCGACGAGGACGCGCUCAUCUGCGUAGCAACCAGCUUGCCAAGGUCAAAGCACGAACCGGCAUACCUGAAGCCCAGCCCCCCGUUUGUCCGAGCACACGUCGGACUAGUCGCCUGGCUAGUCCAGCUCGUACCGUGUGAACAAGGCAGGAAGAGAAAGUUACGCAUGUCAUGCCAUUUCAACUGGACUCCCAAUGGACAAUGGGCUAUCGGAGCUAGCAUCCAGACGCAUCUGCCAGGACUAUUGAGAUCGUUGCGAGACUAUACGAUAGCAGAAGCCAUACCCGUACCGGAGGUCGUCUGGAUAUCACCCGGAGUCUCCGUUGACGACAUAGGCUUCGAUGCGACGAGGGUUCUCUUCAGCCUAGACUAUUCGGUCGUCCACGUUGAUGAGAAGGAAGGAAAUGGGGACGAGGGCGAGGACAAGGAGAGGGCUACGGUGGUCUUCCGGUUCAGCAGCCGGUCGAGUUGGGAUAUCGACUUCACGUAUAGAACGGGCGAAAUCGUGGAAUCGACUGAUCUUCACUAUCAAGCAGGACGACGAGCAGGAUCGAUGGAACAUGAUUCGGCUUUCCUCUACUUCCGACUCGACGUCUCUCCGCCUCCUCCGAAUCUCUACAUCAAGCGGUACAAGGUCACGCUCGAGCGGACGAUGGGGAACCCCGAUGACGUCAGAUUCAACGGAUCUUUAUGUUCCUUAGAAUCGAAUGUCGAGACGCCCGUAUGCCGUUUGAGCCCUACAAGCCUGCUAGGCGAUUCAUCCAGUGUCCUCAGCGACAUGUCUCUACGGACUACUAGGACACUUGAUCCGUUUGGCGGGGUCGGUCUGGGUCGAGCGGGAUCGAUCAUGUCACUGGAAUCCGAAACCGGGGCAGAUGCACCGAACGUGCCGGCUUCGCUUCAGCAGACGGUCGCAAGGCAGAGAUCUGUCUCGGUUGACACUACUGUAGGUCACAAAGGAGCUCGCAGCAAGAGUCAGGACAAGACGGUCGCCUCGCUCAUCAAGCGGAAUUACAUCCACUUUACCGCGCUACUCCAAGAACCCGAAGCCAAGUGGAGGCGUAUCAGCGAAGGCAAAGGAGUUACCCUCUACUCGCUGAACUCGAUGGACAAGACACUAGCCAUUCACCGAGUUGAAGCCGUCUUUGUCGGUGUCAGCCUCUGGGACUUGUUCGCGAUCCUCAUGAACUGGGGAGCGAGGUCUACUUGGGAUAGAGCGUAUGGAGAUGCUAUCUUACUGGAACAUGUCAACGAGAUGACCGAAUUGUGGCGGGUCAGCCAGAAGGGUCGGCCAUCACGUGAUCUCCUCCGGACUACCUACAAAAGCAAUGACGCCAUGCACAUUUUCAGCUUCACUCCCGACGCCAGCCUUUUCCCGUCGGUUCCGUUUUCUUCUGAUUCCAGCUUGAUGCGGGAAGAGUUGACUCUUCAAGGAUGGUCACUGGAGCGGCUUUCUCCGACGACGAUACAUGUUACCCUGAUCGAGCAGAUUGAUGCGCGUGCUUUAGCUGCGAGAACGAUAACCCAACAAAUGCAGAGCGCGAUGGCAGGAUUGGGAGAAACCGCUAUCAAGACUGGAGGACCACCUGUCAUUUCCCGGCUCAGCGGCGCCAAGAUAUCUGCUUCUCGCUAUGACGUAGAAAAGGCGGUCGUAAAGUUCACCUACGAGGCCGCCAUCGUAAGAACCGUUACUUCCGCGCCCAAAACAGCGAUGUCGUCUGCUGUGCAAACGGAAGAUGCGUCGGCGAAUGGCUCUCGAAGAGGAUCGGAAACGCCUAUCGUUAUCGAAGAAGAGAAGGCCACAUCUAUGGAAUGUCAGAUAAGAUGCGACCCGGACAGGUGGGCAACCUCGCUCGAAGUAGUCGUCGAUCCUCCACCAUCAUCAUUUUCAGUGCUCAAGAGACAUUCCCUCACCGAGAACGGGGGACUUUGGCUGACGGUCGAGCACGAGAACGCCAAUUCUCCCUUGAACAGGAAAGUUACUGUCAGUAUCCAAGCGAGACCUGCAGCAGGUCUGGGCAGGGAAAAGACCACAGUCUUGCUCAACGGGACCAACGUCGAAAUCGACAAGGCAGAUCUCGCAGCAGCCGACGUGACGGCGUUCAAGAAGCAGAAACGAUCUCAAGUCACCCGAAGAUCCUUGGAUCAACCGGCUUCUGUACCACUAUUGAGACGAAGAGCUACUGGCGUACCUGCGCUCAAGCUUCCAGAGGGCGACGAACCGGCCCCGGAAACCGAAACUCCGGAAGAGAUCGUCCGUCCUCUGCCACAAACGCCGACAUGGGCCGGAUCCAUCUCGGGAUGGUUCAAUACAGCUGCAGGAAGUGCGAAGUCGAUCAUAGUCGCUCCGUCUGGGCCUCCUCUCGAAGCAUGCAAGCAAUCACCUUUUGAUGCCGCUGCAGGAGCGCUAGAACGGCUAGUCCGCAUACAUAUCGAUCGCUUUAGCGAAUCGACCACGGCCGAUGACCAAUGGAUCGUUGCGUCCCGCAACGGUAACGCUAUCGUCGAAAAAAAGAUCCUACCCUUUGUCUCGGAGAGCCUUCCUGUUUACAGGUCCAGCCGCAUCAUACAAGGUUCCAGCGCCGAGGACGUUUCAGCUAUCAUUUCUAGCUCAACGCAUCGCAAAACAUGGGACGCGGCCAAAUUAAUAGAUACAAAGCUUCUAGCAGCAUAUGGCGAAGGUGUACAUCUGCAAUUCACCUCCAACAAGAUGGCGUUUCCAUACAAGAACCGAGCGUUUCAAACCAUCAACAUUGUGGCCCGGGCUGAAACCGGAGGACCUCCAUCUCCCGUCCCGAACUUCACCUCUACUGGCGAUGCCGCAUUGAUCUUCCAUGCGUCGACGUCCAACUUUGACGCUUCCGGCCUAGGUCUCGAUUCUCGUACUUACAACCCAUUGAGUAUGCCACUCGGCAACAUCGUGCUUGAAGGCUGGAUUCUCGAAACACUGGAUCCAUACUCACACGAUCAAUUCCCAAUCCCGUCAACACGAUGUAUGCACGUAUGCGCCAUCGAUUUUGGCAUUCCACUCGCCAUGAACAAUGUCGCCAAUGCGGCUUUACCCUAUCGGAUCUUGGCAGUAGAGAAGAUGCUCAACGCCGAAUCGCGGUUACCCAUGGUGAUCAGUCCCGCAUCCGGCAUACUGCUGCCCAAGACACUACUCAAAGCUAAGAAGCUGGGCAAAGAUACGAAAUAUGGGUUGGUGGGCCGUCCGGACGCCACAAUAUUGAGUCUGGCGCACGAUCCGGACGGACUUACGCAAGCGACAGUCAAAAUCAUUCCCUCCUACAAAGACAAUAGACGUGGAUCGUCCUUUCCUGCUGAUUGGUAUGACGACGAAACGACCGAAACCGACUCGGGAGCGUUACCGUCUGGCCUCAACAAGCCCUCUCAUGCGCGGACUGCUUCUGCCUGGUCUCGCCUAACCCGUAGUCGUGCUGUCAGCCAACAGCUAGUCCGAGGGCUGUCGCAAACAAGCGAGCAGGGAGAAGAGAGCUUCUCGGCGCAUCUCAAGGUGCCACUACUGGAGAUGAUCGUUGAAUUGCCGGCGGGAGCAGGCGAGAAGUACUCCAUUGCGGUCGAAGCGCGAGCUCAAUCCGCCGAUUCCGUCACAGCACCGUUGGCACUGGAAGGGCCGACCAGCGAGAUCUUGGAAGAUACCCUCAAAGUCGAGGUAGAGAGAACGGCUUUGCCAGUCCUCAGAGGCGCCCUUACGGACAGCCAGGCAUACCUCAUCAAGAUCCGAGCGCUGAAUGGUCAGUCCGUACAGGACCCCCUUGGACAGCCGCCGGCAGACGUCACGCGAUCCAGAGUCGAUCACGAACUUGUACGUGUGGGUGGUCUGCUGGUGAUCAAGCUUCAAAAGCUACCUCGUGACGGUAGCGGAGAAGUCAGAUUCUUUCGUGCCGGCCAGCCUGUCCCGAUUAGAGACUCUCCAUCGGUUUCAUCGCCAUCCGGUACAGCAAGCAGGGUCGAGGCGAAGGUCAAGCUGUGGUCAAAGUUGAAGCGCAUUGAUCCGACUCAGGAUGCCCCGGCGCUCACUGAUCACCUCCGGCUCCAUAUCGCACCUAUAGCCAUAGCCAAGGACAUUAAUUCGCUUCAUCACGCCAAUAAUACAAGUACCGGCAGCCCCGCCGGACAGAAAUCUCUGAAGCCAGACGAACCAGAGGCUGCUCCUGCAUCAACGUCCGCGAUCGAGAACCAUGAACCGGGCUUGCAAAUCGACACCCAUAACGUCGAAACUCGACCUCGAUCUCAACGGAUGAACUCGAUCUAUACAUACCUUACUAGACCGGCACGGUUCUCAUGGCCAGUAACCCCUACCAGCAACCUUGCCGACGCUUCUCCCGCCAAGGUCAAGGCCGUGGAAGUCGCUUCGGACGCCGACCAAUCCAUCUCCGCUGAACAUGUCAUACCGACUCCGCAAUCAACCAUCGCUUCCAAGAAGACUACGGUGCCGCCGACUAUGAUACUAGCGCUGUUGGCCACCGCCGUCCUAUUCUUCCUCCUCGGAUCGCUGCUUCGAUCCCUGUUAGGAGAACACCAAGACUAUUACACGGUCUUGCCCGCAGGAGCGGUCUCGACAGAACCGGAAUGGCAGGAGAUGACGAGGGUCCUGGAGUUGAAGGUGUUCGGGUGGCAUCUUAUGGUGGCGUUCUUACGUGGGCGUACGCCUUGAAUAGGGAUUAUGCGGUACUAUAUCGUCAUUGCACGACUGUCAUCUAAUAUCGUGAUUUGCGAAACAUGUCGCAAAGAGACAUACCAUACAUACCAUUUUGUUGCCCGACCUCUCCGUUCAAACGUAGCUGUCAUCGUCGUUCCACCUGUCGCAGCGCUUGACGUGACGUCCACCGUUCGAGAAAUUUCGAUCCCAUUUGAGUCUUGUACUAGCAGUGUAAGCGAUGACGGGCACGAACAUGGAAAUGUACUGUAUGAC